AUGACGCUGCACGGGGCGACGCACGCUGUGACCACAGUAAAGAUGGCGGACUUGUCGGGGACGGAGCUGUCAGAAGAGAAAGAAGCCGAAAUUGAGCUGAGGAAAAGACAAAAAAGACCCUGGGAGGAACUGCACAGGUCGCAUAAGAUCGGAAUAGCCGCGGAGCUGCCGGAAACGUUGGGAUUUUACGACAUUAGCGCUGUCAGGAGGGAGCAGCGCGAGCUCCCAGCAGAUCCAUCACUGACGCGCUUCAUUAGCGCAGAACUCACCAGAGGAUACUUCCUGGAGCACAAUGAGGCAAAGUACACCGAGCGCCGGGAGAGAGUUUACACAUGCAUGCGUAUUCCCAAGGAGCUGGAGAAGCUGAUGAUCUUCGGUUUCUUCCUGUGUGCGGACGCCUUCCUCUAUGUGUUCACGCUACUCCCCCUCAGGGUGCUGCUGGCCCUGCUCCGCCUCCUCACUCUGCCAUGCUGCGGCUUCAGGGUGCGCACGUGCCCCUUCUGCAGGAGAAGCAGCGGGUCCCGACUGCUGCAGCCGGCCCAGGUUUGCGACAUGCUGAAGGGGCUGAUCCUGGUGCUGUGCUUCUCCCUGAUGCAUUACGUGGCGGAUCGCCUGUUCUCUUCCUUUGGUCAAGACAUCCUGGAUGCUCUUUACUGGACGGCUACCGAACCAAAAGAACGGAAAAGAGACAGUAUAGGCGUCAUACCUCACUUUUUAAUGGCCGUCUUUUACGUCUUCCUUCAUUCCAUCCUCAUCAUGGUCCAAGCAUCAACUCUUAACGUCGCCUUCAAUUCCCACAACAAGUCUCUGCUUACCAUCAUGAUGUCCAACAAUUUUGUGGAGAUCAAAGGAAGCGUGUUCAAGAAAUUUGAGAAGAACAACUUAUUCCAAAUGUCAAACAGUGACAUCAAAGAAAGGUUCACCAGCUAUGUUCUGCUGCUCAUCGUUUGUCUCAGGAACAUGGAGCAGUUCUCAUGGAACCCAGAGCACCUGUGGCUGUUGUUACCUGACGUCUUCAUGGUCGUCACAUCUGAAGUUGCAGUUGACAUCAUAAAACAUGCUUUCAUCACCAAAUUCAACGACAUCCCGGCAGAUGUGUACAGUGAAUACAGAGCCAGUCUGGCCUUUGAUCUGGUCAGCAGUCGACAGAAGAAUGCUUACACUGACUACAGCGACUCGGUGGCGAGGAGAAUGGGCUUCAUCCCUCUACCACUGGCUGUUCUGCUUAUCCGAGUGGUGAUGAGUUCAGUAAAAGUGCAGGGAGCACUGUCUUGGACUUGUGUGUUCCUCUUUUAUCUCGGGUUAGUAACACUGAAAGUCCUGAACAGUAUUGUGCUGCUGGGGAAGUCAUGUGUUUAUGUUAAGAGAGCCAACAUGGAGGACAAACUCUUUGAGAAGCCAACAACUGCUCCAUCUUCCUCUGCAAAGAGCCCCAACAAAGCUGACCCUGCCAAAUGUCCCACAUCUUCAGGACUGAUCUGCCCGCCCCCCCCCCUCGCCGAAUCCCCCCCCGCUGCACCAGCCAGCCGUCCCUCGACUCCGGCUCCUGAACCUGAGCUGGAACCAUCUGCAGCGUCGCCAUCAAAGGAGGAGAGCGAGGAGGCCCACGAGGCCCAGGAGGUGAAACACAGAACUCCCAAAAAAGACCUUCUGGAGAUCGACCGCUUCACAAUCUGUGGGAACAGAAUCGACUGA